UUCAAUCCAGUGGUUGGUUACCAGUCGCCAUAUCAACAAUAACUCGUUUGCAGCUAGCUAAACUAACUGAAGGAGUAGAAAUUUGUAUUUGUAUAAUCUGUCUUUCCGUUUAAGACGUCUUGUUCGACAUGUAGGCUAGCAUGUACACGACACACACGGAAGCACACUCCAGCUCGCUUAACAGAUAGGUUGUACAUGGUGUUGCAAUUUGACUGAUCUGGUUAGGCUAUGUGUCAGCUAGCUAUACUCGUGUGCUUAAGUCAAUGUAGCCGAUAGCUAUGUUCAAAAAUGUGUUUGGGUCAGGAUUUCUUGUAAGGACUGCGCACAUUAUCCUCACAUGGGUGAUAACGUUAAUUCUCUUCCUACAUGAUACAGAUCUCCGGAAACAAGAAGAGUCAGGGCACCUAAUACAACCUGUACUCUUCGUCCUUCUGGUUCUCUUGUCAGUGUUGCUGUAUUUUACAGUGUCACUGAUGGACCCCGGCUUUGUGCUAUCUGAUGACCGCGAUUUGCUAUUCACUCUUGGCAUUACUGAAGAGCAAGAUGAUAUGAUUCCACCGACUACAAAAUCACUUAGACAACGUCGCUGUGGACAUUGCUUACUUCAGCAGCCAAUGAGAUCCAAGCAUUGUCAGACCUGUCAGCAUUGCGUCCGUCGCUAUGACCACCACUGCCCCUGGAUAGAAAAUUGUGUUGGGGAAAGGAACCAUCGCUGGUUUGUGCUCUAUCUGGCUGUCCAGUUGCUUGUUCUGAUGUGGGGUCUACAUAUGGCAUGGUCAGGGUUCAUGUUUGCCCCUACCUGGCAGCUGUGGUUACAUGCUAACGGAGUGCUCUUGGGGGCGGCUGUGAUGGAGGCUGUCCUCUCCCUGACAGUGUUGCUCCUCCUCGGCUCCCACCUCUAUCUCGUCUCUCUUAACACCACCACUUGGGAGUUCAUGUCACGCCACCGCAUCUCUUACCUCAAACACUGUGGGAUUGAUGAGAACCCCUUUGACCGUGGUGCAUUGCGCAACCUGUGGGGAUUCUUUUGUGGCUGGGGGACUGUCGUGUGGGAGCAGGUGUACUUCAGGGAGGGAAACGACCCCAUUUAGGUCAUAGUUUGUCUUAUGUCUACAUACCUACAGUAGACGCGGUAUUUAUUAUAUUUAUCAAAUAAUUUACAAUGUUUACAGUGUCUCUAUUGGAAAUACAUUUUGAUAUGCACCCUGACCCCAACAAACGAAAAUGUUUCAGAAACAGACGUUAUGGGGAAUGAUUCCUUUAUACCAUUUCAUGUUUCCUUGUGCUAUUUCAUUAGUAAAAAAAUAUUUUAAAAUAGCAGUGCAAUUGAAUUGCAAACUUGUUACAUGAUAAUAGAAGUAGACCAGCGAAAUACCAACAAAAAAGGUCAAGGGGACUGGUACAUGUAUAGAUUGAUAGGGGACUGAUACAUGUAUAGAUUGAUAGGGGACUGAUACAUGUAUAGAUUGAUAGGGGACUGAUACAUGUAUAGAUUGAUAGCAAGUAAAGCCUGUGCAGACUUACCUUUAUGAUGAUACAGGAGAAAAGGGAACAUGUUUAUCUGGUAUUGGUUCCUUAGCCAUGGGAUGAAGCUAGUUCUUCUGUGUGUUUUUUAUAGACUCAAUGCUUUUUGGACUCAUUGGAGUAAAGCCCUAUACUGGGCAUUUCUAUAGGCGAGUCUCAUGACUUCAGUGGAACUCGAUGGGCAGCUGUGGGAAACUCGACCAGCAUAAUCAUAAUCCUAGUCGUAUCCUAUUGUCUUGUCUCAAGACUUUUAUACUCCUCCCCACAUUGUUCUCUAGCCUGACAUGUAUAAAUGACCAAAAUGCACCUUUACCUGUUUUUAAAUGCUGAUUAUCAUGGAUCAUACUAAAGUGAGCAGUAUUUUCCCGCUCAUCAUCUUGCCUCCUGGGAACGAAUAGAAAAUAUUGUAUUGUCUGACAGGAACAAAUGAACUCAAUUCACUUUUGAUCUCCAGCUGUAUUAUAAUCAACCACAUACCACACUACCUGUUACAAAGGAAGACUGGAUCUAGUAGACCUAGUGGACCUCUUAGUUCCUCUUAAGUUGUGUUGAUACUGAAAAUCAACAAAGAACACACAUUGAUCAAUGAUACUGCUCUGUACUUUUUUCCAAAGCACAUUCCUGUUUUAUGUUGUGUUUCUUACAAAUAAUUUUUGUCUAAUCACUAAAUUACCUGUACUUUAUCUGUACAAUAAUGCAGGCUUAGUUUUUGGCCCCACCACAGCUCAAUGAUACAUUUCCAGAGGAAAACAUUCAAGCCAAAUUAUUCAUGUGUACUCGUUUCAUACUAUUAACCUUAUAACAGGGUAAAAUAACACUGGUAUGGUACAACACCCGUUCUUUUUGGUGAAAGGGGUAUGAGGUUUUUACAAUCAAGAAAUACAAACACUUUGUUUUAACACUUUGUGAGCUUAUGUUCAUUGUGAAAUGCUAAAUAGGUAAUUGUUUCUUAUUGAAUGGUACUGAAGCAUUAAGAUAUUUAUAUAGAGUUAAUCAGUUUUAAAACAAGUUGGGUAAUAGCAAAUACCAUGUCUAGUAAAUAUUCACUGGGAUUACUGAGAUUAUUUUUGUAAACAUUUAUAUUUAUAGUUCUAAAUUAAUUUCAUCUGUUAAUUUGUUUUAUAAAAGCAAGUCAGUUUUACAUGUUUAAAGUUAUGUAUACUGUGAGCACUUAAGUACUGUUAGAUGAGGUGAAUUUGAGAACAAAGAGGACUGUCUUGUGUAUUCCUUUUACAUUUUCUGCUGUGGAAUAUAGUGACUAUCAGAGAGCAAUAAUUGUAAAUCCUUAUUUUUAAAGUUUGUAUUUAUUUUGUAACUGGAAAUUGUUAUAUUAGGAUUUUAAAAUGCAAUUGACCUGCAAUUUGACAUUGUUUGUUCAGUGACUUAACAUUUUUGAAUAUUUAUGCAACAUUCCUUGUUCUAUAUGUUUUCUACUUUGCAGUGUUUCCUCCAAUAAAUGUAUUAAAUGCAAUAUUUAUUAAACGUCACUAA